AUGGCUAUUACCAGGUGUAUAUUAUUUUACGUAAUAGUGUUUAUAAUAACGGGAAUCGAUAGUGCCAGGAUACUAGCUUACUUUCCGACUCCAUCGAUAAGCCACCAGAUUGUGUUUCGCCAACUCACACAUGCAUUGGUAGCACGUGGCCACGAAGUGACCGUAGUGACACCCGACCCAUUCUUUCCGAAGGGAAAGUCUCCUGCCAAUUUGACAGAAAUCGACGUCCACGAUGUCUCAUAUGAAAUAUGGGAAGACCUGCUCCAACUACACAGAGGAAACAAACAAGAUAUUCUGUUACAAGUGAGAUCACUUUUCGAAAAAUUUUCUACCAUUUUAGAUGCGCAACUGCAAACGCCAGAAGUGAGAGCAAUAUUCAAAAAGGAUAGAAAACAUUACGACUUGUUGAUACUAGAGGCAUGCAAUCGGGCAGUUUUGGGAUUUUCCCAUAUAUUCGAUGGUCCAGUUAUAACUAUCAGCUCUUUUGGAGCAGUUCCGAUGCAGUAUGGUAUAAUGGGUGCUCCUGUACAUCCAUUAUUAUACCCCACAGCUGGGAGACAGAGACUAUAUAACCUUUCUUUUGUCGAAAGAGCAGUUGAACUUAUCGGUUACUAUGUAUUUGACUUUUUAAUUUUGGAUACUGACCAUUAUGAUUAUAAAAUAAUGCAGAAAAACUUUGGUAACAAUGUACCAACGUACUUUGAAUUGUCAAACAAUAUUCAACUGAUGUUUUUGAAUGAACAUCCAUUCUGGGCUGAUAACCACCCUGUACCUCCAAGCGUUGUUUACAUUGGCGGCAUACAUGAAAUAAAAGAAAAGGGACUACCUACGGACAUCAAAAAAUUUUUAGACUCUUCCAAGCAUGGUGUAAUUUAUGUAAGUUUUGGUACCAAUGUCCUACCGUCAUUGCUUCCUCCAGAAAAAAUUAAAAUUAUGGCAAAAGUUUUAUCUAAUCUACCUUAUGACGUCCUGUGGAAAUAUGACAAGGAUGUUUUGCCUGGAUCGUCAAAAAACAUAAAAAUAUCAAAGUGGUUUCCUCAACCAGAUAUAUUAAAACAUCCAAAAGUCAAGUUAUUCAUAACUCAAGGAGGUUUACAAUCAACUGAUGAAGCUAUAGAUGCUGCAGUGCCCGUAAUCGGUAUACCAAUGCUGGUAGACCAAUGGUACAAUGUUGAGAAAUACGUAUAUCAUAAUAUUGGAUUACAAUUGGAUAUAACGACUUUGACCGAAACAGAAUUCAAACAAUCCGUCGAAACAGUAAUAAAUGAUAAAAGCUUCAAACGUAACAUAACAAGACUUAGGACAAUUUUGAGAGAGUAUCCCAUCAAACCCCUUGAUCUGGCGGUGUGGUGGACAGAACAUAUUAUUAACCAUGGCGGAAAUCAUCUUAGGGCACCUGCAGCUAACAUGUCGACGUUGGAAUACUACGAAGUAAAACUAGUCCUUAUCAUAGUAACUAUUUUUAUGUCUAUCAUUAUUUUACUAGGUUGGCUUAUUAAAUCUAGCUUUAAAUUGAUGUAUUACUUAUAUAAAUCAAACAUUAAAAUAAAGAUGCAUUAACUGAUAACUUCAUAAUAUUAUAAUGUAAAUAAAUUAUAUAACUAGUAACAAUUAGUUAAAAUAAAGUUUUUGGAAAAUCUCCGAAAGUCGUGAGAUUAACUAGAAUAGCUAUUUUUAUGCCAAAAAUUCCUUUCAUAUAUUAUCAGAAAAGUUUCAAUGUUGUUAUAAUAUGUGAUCUGGAUCAAAGAAAAUUAGUUAGAUUAGAUACUUACUAGCUUUCAAAAUUAAAACACCGCAUCGACAUCGGUCAAUCCGUUCAAAAGUUUCGAUGUCACAAAUAGACACACACACAUGCAGACAGACAUUUUUGGUGCGUCAUAAAUGCUUUACAUCAUUUUGGAAAAGAGCUGAUACUGUUACACUGCCGGGCCGAUGUUGACUAUACAUAACUAAGAACCACCGCAAGAAAACUUGGAUUUUCGCAAAAAGUUUGAGUGCUACGAUAUCACAGACGGACAUACACCGACAGAUAUCGA